UUCAUGACGGCACAAGGAAGGACGGAGGUGGCGCUCCACGCGGCGCGGUCACACUCGACAGACUCCUUCCAGCCGCAGCCGCUGACAGACAUGGACCUCCUCGCCGUCCUUUCGUUGUUAGCCGUCGUGGUCGCCUCCUUCGCCCAGAAACAGUGUGAUCUAGCCGUGCUGUUUGAGUCACAUUGUCCAGACAGUAGGAACUUCAUCCAUCAGAGACUCGUCCCGUUGUGGCACAAACUUGAGCCUCAUUGUACCCUGGACUUGGUACCCUUCGGUAAAGCCAGGAGCACAGAGGAUGGUUUUGUCUGCCAACAUGGAGAGAAGGAGUGUCGAGGCAACAUGGUGUUAUCGUGUGCGCUAGCGAGAUUGUCUCCAGGCCGUCAACAACUUGACUUUGCCAGCUGCUUCAUGGGCGACCCUGACUUUGGAGGACAGGAUUGUGCUACCAAGAGUGGCCUGAACUGGGAAGACGUCCAAGGCUGUAUGAGUUCUGAGGAGGGAAAUCGUCUGCAACUUGAGGCAGAAACUAAGAGCUACAGCAUCAGAAUGUCCCGCUUCGUCCCUACUGUCAUGAUCAACAAGAACUACAAACAUUCCGACCAGAAUCAAGCUAUCAGAGGAGACUUCGGAGACCUGAUGUGCCAAUAUGUAGACAGUACUGAGCUGUGUAGUUAAAGUAAAAUAAACACGACCUUCAAUUUUAUUGUUAUUUAAGACUUUGAUUAUUUUUUAUGACAAAUAAACCUAUACUUGUUUUGUAA